ACAUCCCUAUGUCGUGUGGCCAUCUCACAACACACACACACCCCCUCUCCCCCUCAAUAUUAGCUUAAGAUAAAAAACAAGAUGUCUCACCCAUGCUCUCUUCUCCUGGCCUUGAAUCUGAUCACCAUCACCUUGGCUUUGCUCUCUCAAAGAUCUCAAGCCCAGUUGAGCCCCUCCUUCUACAACUCCACCUGCUCGAACGUGUCGGCGAUCGUUCGCAGCACCGUCCAGCAGGCGCAGACCUCCGACGUCCGCAUUUACGCCAGCCUCACUCGCCUCUUCUUUCACGAUUGCUUCGUCCAAGGUUGCGACGGGUCGGUUUUGCUGGUCAAUAGUUCGACGAUUCAGACCGAACAGGAUGCCGUCCCAAAUAAGAACUCGAUUCGAGGUUUCAACGUCGUCGCUGACAUCAAGACGGCCGUGGAAAAUGCUUGCCCAGGAGUUGUCUCCUGCGCCGAUAUUCUCGCUCUCACAGCUGAAGCUUCAGUUAACUUAGCUGGAGGACCCUCAUGGACUGUGCUACUGGGGAGAAGGGAUAGCACCACUGCAAACAUCACUGCAGCCAACAAUCUCCCUAGCCCCUUUGAUAACCUGACCACUCUUGAACAGAAGUUCGCCGCCGUCGGUCUCAACGACACCGAUCUCGUCACAUUAUCAGGAGCUCACACAUUCGGCCGAGGCCAAUGCCGGUUCGUCACUCCACGGCUCUAUAAUUUCAGCAGCACCGUGAAUACAGACCCGACCCUGAACUCAACCUAUGCGACCACAUUGGAGCAAAACUGCCCCCAGGGCGGGAACGCAUCGGUCCUGAAUAAUCUCGACCCGAUCACGCCGAACACGUUCGACAGCAACUACUACAUAAAUCUGCAGAACCACCAAGGGCUCUUCACAUCUGAUCAGGAGCUCCUGUCGGAUCCCAAUGCGACGACGACCGCCUCGAUCGUCAAUAAUUUUGCCGGCAACCAGAGCGCAUUCUUCGAUAGCUUCGUGCAGUCGAUGAUCAACAUGGGGAAUAUUAGCCCCUUGACAGGGAGCAGUGGGGAGAUCAGAACCAACUGCAGUGUGGUGAAUAGCGGAUCCGGUUUGGAGUUGCAUAUUCGGAUUCAACAUGAUUCUGACAAGGGUUCAGCUGCAGAAUAAAAUAUUAAAAAAUAGGGUAAAUUGCAAAUUUGGUGUGGUGGGUGACAUUUUGAUCCUCAAACUUUAAUUUAUUGUCAUUUCUUGCUCAAACUUUUGGAAUUGGUGCAAUUAAGUUCUAUAACCCAAAUUAGUUGACUAAAUAUUGAUAUAUUACUAAAAUAGAAGUAAUGUAAUAGUGAUGUGAUUGAUAAUACACAAAUAUUUAAAAUGUCACAUUACUUUUACAUCAGCGAUCAAUGCGUCAAUAUUUAGUUAAUUAAAUUAGGUUUUGGAACUUAAUUAUAACAAUUCUGAAAGUACAAGCUAGAAAUUACAACAAAUUAAAGUUUGAGCACUAAAUGUCAUCGGUCUCAUAGUUUGAAGAACAAGCAUGCAAUUUACCGCAAUAAUAUAUAAUGUAUCUGAACUUAAAUCUAAAUAGCUUUUUGUGAUCACAAUAAUAUGAUCAGAGAUAUACUCUCUCUCUCUCUCUCUCUCUUUCUCUCCUCUUUCUGGCUCUCUUUCUCAUCUUACUUUUUCCUCAUCCACAAUGGUACUCAUAACAGUGCUAGAAAAAAGUCUAAAAUGUGGAAGUCACAUAGAUGAUAUGGUACUGUUUUCAACCAAUCACAAUUGAAUCCUAGAGUUCGCCCAUUUUAUCACACGGUGUUAGAAAAAUAGUUUUGGUGUACUAUUUUUCAAAAAGAGAAAAUUUGAUUGGUUGGGAUAUGGGUGACGUAGUGCGACCGCUACAUAGAAGACUUUCUCUAGCAUUAGAGUCCUCGUCCUCCUGUCAAUAAUGUGUGUUAUUUUUGUGUUUGGGUAUUGUGAGUAUUCUGGUCAUAGCGGUGUGCGGCAAAUUCAAUAAAGGCUUGUUGAGGACAUUGUGCU